CAGACCAAUCGGCACAGACCCAAACCCUGCCCUUGAACCGCCCUGUCCCUCCCCCCUGCCAACAAUAAGACCUGACUCCCGUACCAGUGAAUACCUUUGGUCAUCACUUUUAUCUUUUUUUUUGUUUUUUCCCAAAGGGGUACUGGGCCAUCAUGACUCCCCCUAGUCUGGGUGUGAUCCGAUGGAUGACUGUUCAUUAUUAAUAUUUGUAUAUAUAUAUAUAUAUAUAAUUGGCUGUAAUCCUGAUGUUCACUAGUUAGCUAUGACGACCACUACUUCCACCUCUAUUAAUAACAAUAGUAAUAAUAGUAAUAAUAAUAAUAGUGUUGAUAAUAGUAAUAAUAUGCAGAAUUUAUAAGUAUCUUAUAAAAAGAAAUAGGAUUUCAUCAUAGUCAGUUAUCAUAUAGCUAUCAUAUAAUUACAAUAUAAACGCACUGUCAAUGACAUACUCAUAUAUACACAUACAUACACAAUGUACUCAUCUAAAAGCAAUUGUUGAACAGUAUAGUAAACAACACCCAUGCUUUAUUCUUAUAUUGUAAUAUUGUAAAGGCAUUUUAUUUUUAUAUAUCAUGAGACUUAAUCAGGACUUAAUCACCAGCUACAUUUAUUCAAUAUUUAAUGGUAGAAACAGAGGCCUGAAGGUUGUAUUAAAUUUGAAUAACUGGUUUUGUGUUUUGGAUGUAUGUUGUUCUUGAAUGAUAUGUUCCCUUAACAGAUGUAGCCACUGUGUAACUGAUAUUUGGCUUUUGUUUUUUUCAGUUAAGUAAUAUUGUUUUCUUGGCAAUAGCUAGAGACAUGAGUAAAAGUAUCAGACGUUUAAAAGACGGGUUAAUUUGAGAGGAGGCCCAGUACGGGGAGCGUUGGGAUUAUAGUGUUGAAAAUUUCUGUCAGUUUGUUUGUAACGUCUGUCCAGAAUUGAAGAACUGGUGGGCAUUAGAAUUCAAGAAAGUAGGAGUCUUGUGUAUUUAAGUUGCAGUUGGUACAUCUGUCAGAAGCUCCUAAGCCCAUUUUGAGCAUCUUGUGUUGUGUAAUGUGUGUUCUAUCUACAACUUUAUACUGAAUGAAUUGGAUAUUAAAAGUGAAAGUAUUUCUACAAACUGUUUUCCAGAAUUCCACAUCUGUGUUGAUAUUGAGUUUUUUUUCCCACUGUUUAACUGGUGCUGCAGUGUUUGUGUCUAUAGAUGAUAUUAAAGUAUAUCAUUUUGUAAGCGUCUUUGCUGAGUUGCUAAUUGUGCUAAUAUGUUUUAAAAUUGGGGAAGGUUGUGCAAUAUCUUUGAUUCUAGUUGUAGUUUUAAUGGAAUUUCUAAUUUGUAGAUAAUAAUAAGACUGUUCUUUUCCUAAAUUAAAUUUCUCUAUUAAUUCUGUAAAUGUAAUGAAGGUGUUACCCGGAAACAGGUGACGUAAAUGUGUGAUGCCUUUCUCCUUCCAUUUAGUGUUGUUAAGUGGACUAUGGUUGAUAGUAAAAUCUGGGUUAUUCCAUAUAGGUAAGUUGAUGUGUGAGCUCAUGGUUAGUCAGUGUGUUAGUUUGCCACCAGGCAGUGAGAGUUGUUUUAAUCAUCAAAUUCGUAAAUAGAUUUUGUUGUUUAAUUUUGUUUGUUUAAUUUGUGUGUGUGUGAGUAUGAGGCGCCACGUAGGAUUUAAAUCAAACCUCGCUUAUCAAUACAUACAUAAAACACGUGCAUAUCGUCGCUGUCGGGCGGAAACCUCGUAUGUCCAAAUUUAGUCAAUUUCAUAUUUUUUUCACAAAUCGAUGCUAUUGGUCUGUCCCCACGUGGGUUUGUUAUUUUUACAAAUUAUUAACCAAUCUAAGGUGUUGAAAAUAGCUUGAGAGCAAAUCUCUUAACUCUAUUGGACACUUCAACUGUCUGAGAAUCCUCGUAACUCCACCUCUUCUUCACUUCGUGGGCGGCAGAAACUUCGCGGCAUUUUGUCUCCUCAGCCCUCAAGAUUGAACGUUUCCAGAAAUCCUCGUCGAGCAACGUCCUCUGAGCAACCAUGUCUGUGUCCUUAAAGGAACUCUGUCAGAUGGUCAAUGUGCCAUAUGAUCAGGCAAGGGCUCUAAUAGAGAGUGAGAGCUCUGAUGGAGAGAGUGUAGAGAGAGAGGAAGCAACAAUGGAGGAUACAGUGAUGGAGGACACAGUGGUGCAUGCUGAUUUAUCUGGUGGUCUGGAGGGAGAGGAGGCCUCGCUGCUGGCUCCAGAGCAGGUGCAGUUUGACACGGUUUUCAAUCGUGGAAGGGAAGAGGACUCUAAUGCAGAGGAAGGCGCACCUCCAAGGAAAAGACUGAGAGCUGAAAAAACCUGGAAGAAAGUGAUCAACAAGAAAAGAAGAAUGGUUGGGAAGUCAUACAUUGGAAAACAGAAGCAGAAGAAAAUAAUGAGGGAGCCACGGGCAAUUGGGCCUAGAUGUUCAUCAGCAGCAUGUGCCAAGUCAGCUAAACAUCACUGCAGUGCAAUCGGCACGCCUGAGAGGAAUAACAUUUUCAAUGAGUUUUGGCAACAUAUGACCUGGGAGGAGAAGAGGAUGUAUGUGCAUGGUUUAAUUGAUGUGGUCCCCGUGCAAAGGAGAAGAGGGUAUGAAAAUUCUCGAAGAUCAAAUUCUUUUUUUUAUUUUUUACGGGUCAGCGGGCAAAGAAGACGCGUCUGCAAAAGUAUGUUUUUGUCUACCCUAGGAAUAGGCGAGUGGUCAGCCCUUAACUGGGCAAAGGAGGGACCCACACAAGCAGACACAGAGGGACAAACACACAGCAACGCACGUCGUUCAGUGGCAGGCCAUGAAUUCAUUCACAGCUUUUUACAGGAUCUCCCAAAGGUGCCCUCACACUACUGCAGAUCCACAACAUCCAAACAGUAUCUGGAACCUGUGUUUCAGUCGAUGGCUGAUCUGUAUGCAGUGUAUUGUCGCGCUGCAGCAGAGAAGAAUGCAACACCUUUGUCAAGGCAAGUGUUCACAGAUGAGUUCAAGCGUCUCAACCUAGGCCUUUACCACCCAAAAAAAGACCAGUGCAACAUCUGUUGUGCUUUCAAGACCGGCAACUUACCUGAUGACGAGUGGCAGCACCACCUCCUGCAAAAAGAAGAGGCCCGCGCCGAAAAGUUGUCUGACAAAAACAAGGCCAGCAACAACACUAUGGUCUUAUGUAUGGACUUGCAAGCCCUCCUUUUGUGCCCAAAGCUAAAAGCCUCUGCCUUGUAUUACAAACCAAAGCUUGCAGUUCACAAUUUUACUGUGUACAACAUGCUGACACACAGUGCCACAUGUUAUGUCUGGCAUGAAGGUGAGGGAUCCCUGUCUGCCAGUGAGUUUGCUUCAUGCAUUGUCGACUACCUCUCUGCACACACUGAGCCUGACACAUUUAUUCUGUGGAGUGACGGCUGCGGGUAUCAGAACCGGAAUGCAGUUCUAAGCAAUGCACUUCUUCAGUUCUCUAUGAAGAAAAACAAAGUCGUCAUUCAGAAGUACCUUGAGAAAGGGCAUACUCAGAUGGAAUGCGACUCCGUUCACAGUGUCAUCGAGAGGCGUCUGAGGGACCAGGAUGUGUAUCUCCCAGCAGAGUAUGUUAACCUGAUGAAGAAGGCCCGUGUGAAGCCUCAUCCAUAUGAAGUCAAGUACAUCGACCACACCUUCUUCCAGGACUUCACCAAGCUGAGGCUCUGCAAGUCUCUGCGCCCUGGAGUAAGGCCUGGUGACCCAACUGUCCACGAUAUCAGAGCCAUCAGGUACAACAACAAUGGAACGAUGGACUUCAAAAUAAACCACUCUGAUGACUGGCAUCCACAUCCAAGUCACCAACUCCGAAACUCCACCUCAGACAGCCACACAGUCACCCCACUCUAUUCAGACCGCCUGAAGAUCAACGAGCUGAAAUUCAAACACCUCCAAGACCUGAAGGAAGUCAUCCCAAAGGAUUUUCACAGCUUUUACAACAAUUUGCUUCACUAGCUUAGAAACUUGAAACUUGAUAAGAAACUUGGUGAUUUUCUUUCUUCUGCUGAACACAAAGGAAGAUAUUUUGAAGAAUGUUA